UUGUGCUAAACGAGAAACGCUGCAACUAUUUCAAGUACCGACCGGGAGUCCAACGUUGUAUGGCUCACAAUCGCGCCAAGGUACUGCGAAGACUCCGAACAACAAGCUGCGGCAAUAAGAAACUGAGGUCUCUGUUCCACCUGUCGACUCGGAGCGCUUCUGUCGAAGGUUUGCGCCGCCGCCUUUUUCUGGGAAACGGUCGAAAAGGCCCCGAGUCGUUCAUUUGCAAAUAAAUGGCAGACGAGACGGCGCUAACGCUGCUCCUUGUCUUGAGCAUCCUCGGCGGUCUCACGCUGCUCGUGUCCUGCUACGUACGCUGGAUUCUCAUCGCCACAAGCAAGCGCGUCGACGUUGUUCAUAGCAAAGGGUACUUGAACCUUCCAACGGCCAACCACCCGACCAUUUACGACCACAUCUCGACGCUCGAGCUCCGGCGUCCGGACGACUACUGCAUCACGGUUGCGGCCUAAGGCAUCUAGAGACUAACUGCACAUCAAUUAUUUAGAGUAUCGAUUUGUGC